AUGAUAGACGCUGGAAAUCUACAAGAGUACGUGAAAAAGGAUUUUGGGAAAGGUUCGGGGCUAUUUGGCGCAGCACACGUGAUUAAUGUCCUCCAUGCUAGGAUCCACUCAAUAACCAGGCGGGCAUCGGAAGAUGAAACCAGGAGAAAGCUCAGGCAGUUAAAAGAAUGGUAUUUGACAAAUCAUCUCGAUUUUGUGAAUGGAAAUGGAGAAGAAAUUUGGGAGCUUGGCUGCACAAAGAUCGAGUUCUCUGAAGCAAACAUGAUAGGUGUAUAUGCUCCCCACAAUGAUGUUAUCGCUAUAACUGCUUGGAUUGGCAUGUUUCGUGUACAUCAGAUAGGAAGCUCAGUAAGCGUACUUUUUUCAGGAGCUUGUUCCUCUAUGAAUCUUCCACAUGACUUGAUCGAAGAGGAUGAAAAUCCAAUUAUCGGUUUCAGCGGCGAAGUUACAAAGGCGAUUGGAAGAGUGAAGAUUCCUAUAAAAGUGGCUGACAAGUCCGUUUUAGGAAAUUUCUUGCUGCUUGACUGUAGAGAUCCCUACAAUGCGAUCGUAGGACGAGAGUCACGAGACUGGCUGCAUGAGAUCGGUGCAGUCACAUCAUCAUAUCAUCAAUUUUUGAAGUUUACUGCCCCUGAAGGAGUCGUGAAAGUUAGGAGUGACCAGAUGGCCGCCCACAAGGGUCACGAGAGUGCUAUGGAUGAGUACAAGAAGUCAGAAGUUAGCGGGAACCAAAUCAUGCGAGUCGAGCAGUAA